GAUUUAUUCCUUGGUUUCCACAUCAUGGCGCCAAACUUCCAGUCAAACCUAAAAGAUCACCACCUGGAAUUUCUGAAGAGUGAUGCGGUUGACUAAGCCGACUUUAUUCACCAAUAUUCCAGUAACAUGUGAAGAGAAAGACUUACCCGGAGAUCUCUUUAACCAACUGAUGAGAGAUGAUCCUUCAACAGUAAAUGGUGCAGAAAUUUUAAUGUUGGGGGAGAUGUUGACUUUACCACAGAAUUUUGGGAAUAUAUUUUUGGGAGAGACCUUUUCCAGUUAUAUCAGUGUUCAUAAUGAUAGUAAUCAAGCCGUAAAAGAUAUACUGGUAAAAGCUGAUCUUCAGACAAGUUCUCAGCGUUUAAAUCUUUCAGCGUCCAAUGCUGCAGUGACUGAACUUAAACCUGAUUGUUGUAUUGAUGAUGUCAUACACCAUGAAGUAAAGGAAAUUGGAACACACAUCUUGGUAUGUGCCGUGAGUUAUACAACUCAGGGUGGAGAAAAAAUGUACUUUAGAAAAUUCUUCAAAUUUCAGGUUCUCAAACCACUGGAUGUGAAAACUAAAUUUUAUAAUGCAGAGAGUGACCUCAGUUCUGUGACUGAUGAAGUAUUUCUUGAAGCCCAGAUUCAGAAUAUUACAACCUCACCCAUGUUUAUGGAGAAAGUGUCAUUGGAGCCAUCUAUAAUGUACAGUGUAACAGAAUUAAAUUCAGUCAGCCAAGCUGGAGAAUGUACCUGUCUCAGUGUGUCCACAUUUGGGUCAAGAGCAUAUCUGCAGCCAAUGGAUACACGCCAGUACUUAUAUUGCCUAAAACCCAAGAAGGAGUUUGCAGAAAAAGCAGGCAUCAUUAAAGGAGUAACAGUAAUCGGAAAAUUGGAUAUAGUAUGGAAAACAAAUCUAGGUGAAAGGGGAAGGUUACAAACCAGCCAACUUCAAAGAAUGGCUCCAGGUUAUGGAGAUGUUAGACUGUCUUUGGAGGCAAUCCCAGACACUGUAAACCUAGAAGAACCUUUCCACAUUACUUGUAAAAUAACAAACUGCAGUGAAAGGACUAUGGAUCUGGUUUUGGAAAUGUGUAAUACCAAUUCUAUCCACUGGUGUGGCAUUUCAGGAAGACAGCUUGGAAAGCUGCACCCAAGUUCCUCUCUCUGCCUUGCUCUGACUCUGCUGUCUUCGGUACAAGGACUACAAAGCGUCUCCGGCUUAAGACUUACAGACACAUUCUUAAAGAGAACAUAUGAAUAUGAUGACAUUGCACAAGUCUGUGUAGUAUCUUCAGCCAUUAAAGUUGAGAGCUAAAGAAAAUUUCCAGUGUGAUGUUUUCAUUUAGUUUCAGAGAACUGCUUUAUUUCUAUAUUUUAUCACCUUUGUGAAACUAUGAAAUCAGUCGUAGAAGUAUAAUUUCAAUUUCUUGCCUGUAAAACAAAUAAAAUAUUAAAUGCUUGGAAAGUAUGGAUUUUAUC